AUGCCUCAAGUCGAGGCAUGGCUGCCUGCCUCGACUGGAGGCAUCUACCUCUUGAGUUGGGGCUUGCGUAACUCAGGUCUAGUGUUGCGUCUUCCAAGUCUCAGUCAUAUCAUCCCAUUUUUGAGAGACACGGAUGGAGUGAAGUUGCAUGGAACUUGGGCAAGUCCAUACAGCACCAGAGUUAAAUGGGCAUUAAAGCUGAAGGGCAUACCAUUUCAAUACAUUGAGGAAGACCUCUACAACAAAAGUGCCUUGCUUUUGCGAUACAACCCAAUGCACAAAAAGAUUCCCGUGCUCAUCCAUGGCCAGCGACCCGUUUGCGAGUUCAUGGUCAUCAUUGAGUACCUUGAUGAAAUGUGGCCUCAAUACCCUCUGUUGCCCAUUGAUCCCUACGAGCGAUCCGUGGCACGUUUCUGGGUCAAGUUCAUCGAGGACAAGGUUGUUUGGAUGGUGUAUCUGACACUCAGCGAAGUGCAAGCGAAGGCCAUGAGAGAUAGCUUGGAGAUGCUGUCAAUCCGAGAGGAACAUGGUCCAAACAAGGGAAAGAAAUUCUUUGGAGGGGACAACAUUAACAUCGUGGACAUUGCAUUUGGUGGGUUGGCACAUUGGAUGGGAGUCGUGGAAGAGGUAUCAGGAAGGAAGAUGUUCGAUGCCGAGAAGUUCCCUCGCUUGCACGCUUGGAUGGGCAACUUCAAGAGCUUGCCCUUGAUCGCCGAGAACUUGCCUGAUCAAGGGAAUUUGUGCCGGUACCUCGCCCGCCAAAGAGAGAAAUUGUUUUCAUCGUCUACACACAAAUGAUGCACGGACGUCGCUUCUUUUUUCGUGAGCCUCCAUGAUUGACGCGGUGAUCUAGGAUUCUAUAUGAAAGUACCGACCAUCAUUUGCAUUUUUGUUGCCGUUUCUUUGUAGUGAGAGGGAAGCGUGUACUGUGGUCUGAAGUUUCAAGCUGAAGCUUCUAAUUAGCAUAUGCAGUAAAGUAAAAUGUAUCUCUAGGCAUCAGAAUCUUGUCU